AUGCCAACAUAUGGCUCAGCACCGAUCGUGGUGCGACCUUCGUGGAGCAAGCUGUCGGUACAAACGAGGAAUGGACCGAUGUGGCCGUAUCAUGCCGUAUCAGCAGACGGAAGCAAGAUGAUCGCAUCUGUUCGCAACGGUGGCAAGCUUUGGAGGAGCACCGACAGCGGCAGUAGCUGGUCCCAGUUGUCUGUGAAUGCGUCCGAUCUCACAUCCUUUCUUCGUGUGGACAUGUCAAAUGCUGGAAGCGUGAUGGUUGCCAUGCAUUUGCCUCCUACCAAUAGUUAUCUGUUGGCGGUCUGGAAGAGCACUGAUGGCGGCGACACCUGGUCGGAGGAAACAGGUUUCUCACAGUUUGGUUUCUCGCACGAUAUGGACCAAAUUGCCAUGUCAGGUGAUGGCUCCAAGAUUGUUACGUUGGGGGGCGGGGGUGCGGUGGCGGUUUGGACCGGGCCUGCAGCCGAGACCUCCACAACAAUUACAUCGUCGACAACCUUGUCGUCAACAACCUCGUCGUCAACAGCCUCGUCGUCGACAACUUCCUCAUCAACAGCUUCCUCAUCGUCGUCAACAACGUUCUCGACGACCAGCUCUACAAAAACGGCUACAGCUACCACAGCGACGUCCACAACCUCGUUGACGGUCACAGAGACCACGCAGACAGUUACAGAGACCACGAAGACGGUCACAGAGACCACGCAGACGGUCACGGAGACCACGCAGACGGUCACAGAGACCGUGACCGAAACGACCACAGUGCUGGAGCAAGCUGGCAACGGCAUGGGUCUGAGCACAAACUGUAUGGUGGCGACCUUUGCACUGUUGGUGCUGCUCUGUCAACAGACAGGGUGA